UGUUCUAUAAAUUUAACGUGUUGGGGUAAAAGGUUAGGAAUCUACACUUUUCGGAAGCGUAAUUUCAUAGAGAAAAAAAUGCUUUAUAUUGUAGGCCUUGGCUUAGGAGAUGCAAAAGACAUAACGGUUAAAGGUUUAGAGGUUAUUCGUAAAUCUGAAAAAGUGUACUUGGAGGCUUAUACAUCUAUUUUGACAGUUGGAAAGGAGGCGUUGGAAGAAUUCUAUGGAAAACAGCUUAUUCUUGCUGACCGAGACAUGGUAGAACAGCAUGCUGAUGUGAUUUUGGAUAAUGCUAAAAAUUGUGAUGUGUCAUUCCUAGUUGUUGGAGAUCCAUUUGGAGCUACAACACACACAGACCUAUUGUUACGAGCCCGUCAAGCAGAAAUUCCUUACAACGUUAUCCAUAAUGCCUCUAUAAUGAAUGCAGUAGGUUGUUGUGGCUUACAGUUGUACAGUUUUGGAGAAACAGUUUCUAUUGUGUUCUGGACUGAUGAUUGGAAACCUGACAGCUUUUAUGAUAAGAUUCUUGCUAACACAACAAGAGGCUUACACACACAUUGUCUUUUAGAUAUCAAAGUUAAAGAACAGUCCAUUGAAAAUCUAAUGAGAGGAAAGAAGAUUUAUGAGCCACCUCGAUACAUGUCAGCGGCUCAGGCAGCUCGGCAGUUACUCGAAAUUAUCCAAAAGAAACGAGUUGAAGGCUGUGAAGACACUGAGCUAGCUUACACGGAGAAAUCUGUUUGUGUAGGUUUGGCAAGGGUUGGAUCUGAUGAUCAACGGAUUGUUGCUACAACUUUACAAAAAAUGACAACCACAGAUCUGGGCCCACCUCUUCACUCUCUAGUGAUUGCUGGUCACUUACAUCCCCUUGAAGUUGAAAUGUUGACGUUGUUUACAGAUGAUUUAACUUUGUUUGAGAAUGUCGUCUUGUUAUGAGUUCUAAUGACUGAAAAUAGUGCAAAAAUUAAAUGUCAACAUGUGUUAUAACAAUUUUGAACAGAGUAUUAUUCCAACAAUCUUGUAAGAUACCAUGACAAAGAAUCAUAAAAAAAUGAAGUAAUACAUUCUUUUAUAUUUUAGUUUUGCAUAAUUAAUACAUUUCAUUUGAAUGUUACAGUCCAGAGAUUGUAAGAGCAGCAUUAUUGUAUUUGUGACACCCUGUGUCUUUGUCAGAUCUUCGUAUAAGCAGUUUUCUUUCACCAAUUACUGAGUUUUCUUGAGUGAUAAAUUUAUACAAUAGCUAAAUACCAUGACUAUUUCAGAUUUUUGAUAACAAAAAUGUCCCUUUUAUUUCCUGUUAAGAAAUGUUUAUCUGGAUUUAUUUUAAUGAUUAUAAAUGACUACAGCAUGAAAAUUCAAAGAGAAUAUGAAUUCAUAAUCUGAAGAAAUGUACAAACUCGCAAGAUAGAAUUUUUGGUUAAUAAACUGUUCUGAGAUAUU